AUGAAUGCAACAUUAAGUGAACAAGAUCUUUAUGAACUUCGUCGAGCAUUUUCAUCUGUUGAUGAUAAUAAUGAUGGAUUAGUACGUAUUAAAGAUCUUCCAGCUAUUUUUAAACAAUUUGAAGGAAAUCUUCAAUCAUUUAUUAUCGAAGAAGAUGAAUUAAAACAUUUACUUGAUCAAAAUAAUAUUAGUGAUUCUGAUCAAAUAACAUUUACUCAAUUUUUAACUUUAAUUGCAUGUAAAGCAAAUGUAGAUGAUAAUAUUGAAGAAUUACAAGAAGCAUUUAAUAUUUUUGAUUCUACAAAUACUGGCUUUAUCACUGUAAAAGAUCUUUUACGUGUCAUGCAAAAUAUUGGUGAAAAUAUAUCAGAAAUUGAAGCUCAAGAAAUGAUUCAUCAUGCUAAUCGAGAUUUAAGUGGAAAAAUAAGUUUUGCUGAAUUCAUUGAAAUGAUUCGAUAUUCAUAA